AUGAUUAAUGACAAUAUUCAUAACAAUAGCCAAUUUGGCUCUGUUGCCUCGGAUGUUGGCGUUGGCGGUGGCAGUGGCGGUAACGGUAGCUGUGGUGAGAUAUUAGGGAAAAGAGGUGACACAGGCCUUGCCACCAAGGAUCAGCAACGCCAUCAUCCACAACAGCUACCACAGCAAGAUAGUGGCAAAGUGAAUAUUGAUGAUCAUCUUAACUCGAUGUCACAGUUUAUUUACUUGGAGGCAGCAGAAGCAGCAGGAAGACAAGAAGAGGACGAGGAGAGGGGAAAUUCAAAUAAAGAUCAAGAAAUUGGUGGAAUCAAGCAAGAAGCGAGAAAUAAUGGUGGCAAUCAUCUAGGUGCACAAAAUGGAAACGGUGGCCCAUCAUCUGUCGUUGCAUCAUCACUUGAUAUCAUGUCGGUACAGGAUAAUGAAGAUUUAAACAAUGAAUUCAAUGAGUUUGUUGAUAUUCCCAAUUUAGUAUCCGAUAAUGAAUCAGAUGGGGCUGUUACUGUACUGACUAGGAGUGUUGGGUAUUGGAAUCAACAGAGAUCAUUACAACCUACCCCAGUGUCCACGACUAACCAUAAUGAAUCGGUGACGUCUCCACACCCAGUGCAACAGCAGCUGCAGCAACCACAUCAACAGCAAAGAUCCAUCCAUCAACAAGUUCAGCAAUUAAAGCAAGCUCAGCAUCGCGCUAAAGUUAACGGUGGAGUGUCCAAUCCUCAAAUUAAGCAAAACAUCAUCAACAGCUUACAACCUUAUGUGAAGGCCAACAACAAUAGUAUUUCUGCAGAGCAAUUCAAGCAUCAACGUACUCAAUUAAUGACAAUUAUAGUGAAAUAUGUUGCCACCAAGAUUUACAAUACAUUUCCUCCAGAAGCACCUAAGAGAAGAGACUCAUCAUCGCAAUCUCCAUCUCCUUCGUCUCCCAAGACACCCAACUUCCCCAACACAAAUAACGAACUACCAUUGGAUAAGUUUUUAUUGUUAUUGACUAGCAGAUUAAGAGUCACAUUGCCAAUUUUCCUCAAGGCAAUAAUUUAUCUAUUCAGAUAUAUGGAUAUAAUUUAUUUAUUGAGAUAUCUUAAUCAAACAAACAACUUUGUCAAUUAUAAUGACAUGGGAUUUGAAUUGAAGAAGUUGAUUGUCGGGUGUUUUAAAUUGACGAUAAUCAAGGAGAAUAGAGUUUCACAGAAGAAGUUGCAAGUCAACUGGCAACAAGUAACUGGGUUGAGUAACCAAGAAAUUAAUUCUAUUGUUAAACAAUUGGUUAAUCGUAUGAACGGGAAAUUAAAUAUUAAGGAUGUUGAGGUUGUGAGAAUGAAGAAUGAGAUGUACAGGUUUGUCAACCUUUGCCUUUAG